AUGCCCAACAGCGGUGAAAUACUCACCCACAUCUCUGCUCCCGGUUCUGCAAAGGACGACGCGAGAUACCGGGCUCACGCAGCUGCGUAUUUUGAAUUUGAGCCAGUGUCAAGGAUAAGGAUUUAUCCUGACCCUCCAAGCAGCGAAACUGGCACGGACGACGUCGCUGAAUCUCCACACCAGGUCCGCGACACAUCGCCGCAGGGUGAAAGCCGUGCACCUCGCAUCUCAGAGUUGGAUGAGCGAGGACAGAAAACAUUACAUGACAUCUCUACUGCCGUAUCUUCAGCGAAGAGUACUCCUGUGCCAUCAACAUGGGGCCCGAGUUUCGGGGAAACCACCUGUGGCCUGCUGGCCCUUUCGGAGGCCUCAAUUCAAAGGUCCCUCUCACAAAAUGAUGUAGGCGCUGGUGUUGAGAAUUCUUUCGUGACUACGAGUAAUUCUCCUCCUAGAGUUCCUGGAAUUGGCCCUCCAAACGUUCACGCAACCAUUCCAAGCUCUCAGGUUACCGAGACGCCCCCCAGCGAAGUUCCCGAAUCCCAGUCUUCUUUUCAAGCCAGUUGGAAUGUUGAAAAGGACAAUAGCCCGCCCAGGAAAUUGGAGAAAGUCAUUCAAAUAGGAAGAUCGUCAUUAGAUACCCAGAUCUCUCAAGCAAAACGCCGCCGACUCUCAGCUUCCCCAGCAUGCAUACCGUCUUCUAUUUCCACUACUGCUACGCCCAUUUCGUCCAUAUCUGAGCCAUCAGCUCCUUCGCAUCUACCUCCACAGCCGGAGCCCUGUCGGCCAUUGGAUAAGCCAGCAGCAGCAGCAGCAUCAGCAGCAUCAGCAGCCCCGGCCGUACCCCUAGAAUGGCUUUCGUCCUUGCCUCUUGAGAUCAACCCGCCACGGCCCGUGCCUUCUUCCACAGCUCAAUUUACAACUCACAUCACGCCCACGCUACAAAUGCUCGCUGACAGAGUCAAACUGUCCAGGGUGUUUAACCCGCAACGACAAACUCGCCCCUUACGAACUUUGGAGCGUGGCUACUGGCUUCUAAACCUCACCAUCUCCGACGCACCCACUAGCACCAGCACCAAAGACAAUCAUAAGAAUACUUCAAAUGUUGCCCAGUCUCAGAGUUGUAAUCCUACACGAGCCAACAAAUCUUGGACCAGCAAACGCUUCUUCGACUUCUGGGGCUUCCUUUCGAAAUUCAUCGCCGACGACGGCCGUGCCGGUUGGGGCGUGUGGUGCAUUUGCGAAUCCAACUCCCCAGCUCCCAGCUCGCAAUGUCUGUCCUCCCAUUCACACUCCGUAAUCGAUCUUACAUCCCAGACAAGCACCCAAAGUUCAGCAAAGACCCAGUCUUCUCAGCAGAAGGCAGGGCUCGAUGCCGCGCAACAUGUCACGGUCAAAAUAUACAGUUGGGGCGAAAUUGCACCGCAUGUAUACUUGUUGAUGUAUCUAGCCAGUGAUAGGAGCGUCCGGAAAAUAACCGGUGUUCAGUGGAGGGAUGGAGCGGACGAGCCAGUUAUUUUUAUGGAUUGAUGGGGCGUUUUUCGAACGAUUAUGAUUACUAUGAUGGUUAUGAUGAUGCCCUUAUGUAUAACUUCAUGACCGAGUGCUUUUCUCGUGCCUGGGAUCGGUGAAGGAUGCUGUGCUAAGCAUGUCCUGUCAACCGUGAGGUCGAGUUUACAGUGACUUCCAUGAGCAGAUAACGAAGAGACAAUGACGAUGCAAGGGCUGCAGCAAAUUUAUUGUGGAGAGAUGGAGGUUGGAAAAGGGCAUCACAGUAGACCCGCCAUCGGGUCAAUGAUCUCUUGGGUUAUUGGGCUGAGCGCGCGUGCGACGGAAUGGGGUAUCUGUCUAAGGAUGCUGUCCAGAGGAUCCCGAUAUACACUUUGGAUUGGAUUUAAUCCAGACAAUCAUACAGGCCUCCAUCACAGUAUCAGGUAAAGGACAGGACAACGGGGGAGGUAGCGGAAGAUUGAACAGAAUAAAUUUUAUAUGAAGAAUUGUUGUUCGGAUCCCAGUCUGUAAUUGGUGCUGGGUGGUUGCGAAUGUGGAAAUAGGCAAACAUCACUCACUCACUCACUCACUCACUCACUCACCACAAGCCUUUUUGAAUGUUUAUUCUCGAAUUUUAGGUUCUUUUUCCAAAUGU